ACCAUGACUAGUCGCCAGAAAAGCGUGUCUGAACUCUCGGCGGACCCCAAAAUGGCACACCUGAUGGACAACAAGGCCUCUGUCUGGGCAAACAAACCUAAUCAUGGUUUCCCAGUUACCGACGUGCGAACCGACCGCGCAGAGUGGGUCCGCGACUGGGACAAAGGUGUCGAGAAACUCUCUAAGAGGCUAGCGAUGGAUGUGUUUCUCAAGAUGAUCUCGGGGAGAGAAGACGAUGAUGCGUACCUUUCCAUCGAGCUCAGUCGCUCUGACCACGACACUUUGCGCCAAAACAAGUACCGGUUCGGCUUUAACCACACUUCACUUGCUCAUCACGUCAAGGCUAGUCUUUCUAACCCUGCUCUUGCACUCUGUACGCCAAAGGACUGGUUUACUCUCAUUACCCCCGAGCAAAGACGCGACGCUCUCAACAAAGGCAUCGAGGAUGCUUGCUGGUCUAGCUGUCUCGGUCAGGACUCUCGCGCUCUUUGCCCGGAGAUCAUCAGCACUGCUCUGUUGAAACGGAAAGGACUCGCACUCUUUGACUUCUACGACUGCUACAUCGCAAUGGCUCUAUCUGCUGAGGAGGAUCCACUCAAAAAGGACAUGGUCGACAGCGAGCGGUGGUGUCGUGCGAGGUUCAUGGUGAAAGACAUGGAUGUUGAGCCGCAGUGUAUGCACGAGAACUUCGAGUAUGUCUUCGAGCUCUAUACCUGCUAUCGCCAAGACUUUCUAGACCAAUUCGUUCAGCAUUCUCUGAUGGCCAUCAUGAAAGCUUGUGGCAAGCAUGUGACGCAAAACGAGACUCCUAUCUCUCGCUUGAUUCUGAAUACUGGAGCUCGUGGUCUACAAGAGUUACAGGACACGCGUAAGGAGGUGAACCAUAGGCUAUCUCCGCUGUGCGAGUACUGCGACCUCAGUCCCGAUGAAGUUAGCGAGAAUUCUCGCUUCCUCGUCUGCGGCGCCUGCAAGCGCCAGCUGAACUUUGAGCACUACUAUUGCUCCAAGUGCGUUUCCCUUCUCUUCCCUUUACUCGUUCAAACCUUUGAUUUUAGGGAGUGUCAAAGGUUAGACUGGCCCCAGCAUAAGCUUGACUGCGGGAAGACGAAAAAUUCGAAGAACCGUAACGAAGGCGUUCCAGAGUACAAACACUCACUUGCCUCAAUCUUACAGCUCAGCACGCGUAGCAAGUACCCUAAGGCGGACUACUUGCUCUUCAAGAUGGACGAUGUCUGGGCUUUCGCUGCGACUUUUCUGCACGAUAAAGCAAAAAGGGCGCUUUUCAGGGAAAAACGGGCGCUCGUCACCAUCGGCGCGGAUCGCGACGGUCUCGACAUAGUCGCAAAGUGCUUGGUUGAGGCGGUAGUAGAUUGGUCACACUCGUCCAAAUUCAAGCUCACUAGGGAGAGCGUAAUCCGCCAGCUCAGUGAGGAGUAUGAGGUUGACGUAAAAACCUGUUUGGAGGCGCUGGAGGCGAAUCUGGCAGCGAGUGGUGACGCGAGCCGAUACAAGGGUAUGACGAUCGUCCUUUUGCCCGGAAAAAUGGUCAAAUUGACCAAAUGA